CCCAUGAAAAUGCUUUGGAAAUUAACUGAUAAUAUAAAAUAUGAAGAUUGCGAGGAUCGUCACGACGGUACCAGCAAUGGGACAGCCAGGCUACCUCAGCUGGGAGGCGUGGGCCAGUCUCCAUAUAGCGCCCCUCCACUCUCCCAUACCCCAAACUCCGACUUCCAGCCACCGUACUUUCCUCCGCCCUACCAGCCAAUCUACCCCCAGUCUCAGGACCCAUACUCGCACGUCAACGACCCCUACUCCCUUAACUCCCUGCACGCUCAGCCGCAGCCACAACACCCUGGCUGGCCGGGCCAGAGGCAAAGUCAGGAGAGCAGUUUGCUGCACCAGCACCGUGGCUUGCCCCAUCAGCUCUGUAGGGAGUACCGUAGAGAAGUGCUCCUGCCGUCGGGCCACGGAAUCGAUACCGGACUCUCAGAUUCUAUCCCAAUCCAUGGAAUACCUCACUCUUUAGAAGAUGUUCAGCAUGUUGAGGAUCAAGGAAUUCACAUCCCAGAUCAGACUGUAAUUAAAAAAGGUCCAGUUUCUUUAUCCAAGAACAACAACGUCUCCGCCAUUCCGAUAAAUAAGGAUGGUCUUUUUGGCGGUGUGGUAAACCCCAACGAGGUGUUCUGCUCUGUUCCGGGUCGUCUGUCUCUGCUCAGCUCCACAUCAAAAUACAAGGUCACGGUGGCGGAAGUGCAGAGACGCCUUUCGCCGCCUGAGUGCCUCAACGCGUCACUGCUGGGCGGGGUGCUGAGAAGGGCCAAGUCUAAGAAUGGCGGAAGGUCCCUCAGAGAGAAAUUGGAUAAAAUCGGAUUAAAUCUACCUGCAGGUAGACGCAAAGCCGCAAACGUUACCCUGCUGACGUCACUAGUCGAAGGCGAAGCCGUGCAUCUUGCCAGAGAUUUUGGUUACGUAUGCGAGACUGAGUUUCCAGCCAAGGCAGUAGCUGAAUAUACAAACCGUCAGCAUUCCGACCCAAACGAACAAGUCCAGAGGAAAAACAUGUUAUUGGCAACGAAGCAAAUCUGCAAAGAAUUCACAGACCUGCUUUCCCAGGACCGUACGCCCUUGGGGAAUUCUCGACCACAACCUAUUCUUGAGCCAGGGAUUCAGAGUUGCUUGACCCAUUUCAGUCUCAUUUCUCACGGAUUCGGGACCCCAGCCAUGUGCGCGGCCCUCACCGCUCUCCAGAACUAUCUGACCGAGGCGAUUAAAGCCAUGGACAAAAUGUACCUGAACAACAACAGUCACUCAGACAGCGGCACUAAAGGCGGAGACAAAGACGAGAAGCACAGAAAGUGA